UUAUACGUCAAUAAACCAACGACGGUGGCUCGCGUGGAAGAUGAUGGGGUUAAGUAGAUAAAAAAAAAGAUAAUAAAAAAAAAAAAAAAUAGAAAAGGGCAAAAAAAAAAUAAAUAAAAAAUAAGAACGAAGAAAGAAGAAGGAGUGUGCAUGAGGAUAGUGUGGGAAAGAAAAACGUGGAAGAAAAGAGGAAGAGAAGAAGAGAAGCAUAUUAUUUCCUAACAAACCCUUCACCUACCCUUACCCACCACCCUCUUCAUUAAAAGACACCAUAAAGACGAAUCAUCAAUAGUUGAUUCUGAUUGGCGCACGAUGCUCUGCUAUCGCGCACUUGUCUUCCUUUUUGCUGUCAACGUGCCAAUCGUGACAGGGCUAGAGCCAGACUUCAGUUUCCCGCUGCAAAACGUAACGAUUCCGCAGGGUCGAGACGCUACCUUCACUUGCGUGGUUAACAACCUAGGUGGAUACCGGGUGAGUCCUUCCUCCUCCACGAGCGGAGAUCACUCUGGCGGCGCCAAGGCCCGGGUAGCGUGGAUCAAGGCGGAUACCAAGGCGAUCUUAGCAAUUCACGAGCACGUCAUCACGAAUAAUGCUCGUCUAUCUGUCACGCACAAUGAUCAAAACACCUGGACGUUGAAUAUACGUGGAGCCAGGAAGGAGGAUGGUGGAGUUUACAUGUGCCAAGUUAACACCAAUCCUAUGAAAAGUCAGAGCGCCUUUCUCGAAGUAGUAAUACCACCGGACAUCAUAUCCGAGGAAACGUCCAACGAUUUAAUGGUUCCGGAAGGUGGUUCAACUAAGCUGGUAUGUAAGGCUAGAGGAUAUCCGAAACCAGAGAUCGUUUGGAAACGAGAGGAUGGUUCCGACAUAAUAACUCGUGGUGGUUCUACUGGCGGAAGAACGAAAACACAAACUGCAGUCGGUGAGGUUCUAGUUUUAUCAAAAAUAACUAGAAGCGAGAUGGGUGCUUAUCUUUGUAUAGCAAGCAACGGAGUACCACCAACGGUUAGCAAACGAAUAAUGUUGCACGUACAUUUUCAUCCGAUGGUUCAAGUACCGAACCAACUUGUUGGAGCUCCAACUGGAACUAACGUCACGCUGGUCUGCCACGUAGAAGCAUCACCAAAAGCCAUUAAUUAUUGGACUCGCGAAUCGGGUGAAAUGAUCAUAAGUAACAUCAAAUAUUCGAUGUCGGAGACAAAGACGUCAUCGUAUAGUGUGCAAAUGAAAUUAGUUAUAAUGAAUUUACAAAAACAAGAUUACGGUGGUUACAGGUGUAUCUCGAAAAAUUCGAUUGGAGACGCCGAGGGUAGCAUCGGACUUUACUAUUUGGAGUUACCAAAACAUUUGAAAAAAAUAGGAGACCAUCGUGGUGAUGAGAACACGAACGAAUCAAUGAAUGAAAGGGAUCACAGGCUUCAUCAUAUUUAUCAGGGUUCACUUAGGGAAACUGGUUCAACCAUGGACCCAUCAGCAGUUGGUACUGAAGAUUCAGCUUCGUCAACUUCAUCCCCACCAGAAAGAUGCUGGGCAAUACUUUUAUGGAUAUUCCUUCAUCUUGCUACUAAUCGAAUAAUACUCGUAUCAUCUAUCUGUGAAGGCAAACUUUUUGACGAUCAUCAAUAAGGUACGUGUUUUAACUCUCUGAAAAACAACUGCAAACAGGUACACAAUUUUCCAUUAAAACGAUUCAAAUUAUUUAACAAUAUAUAAAGCAAUAUAAAAACCU